CACAGCCACGUCUCUGUGAGGAUGUCCGGGGUGAGCAUGGGGCCAAACCACAUCCAUGCUUUGGGGAAGCACCAGGGAGAGCAGCAACAGGCGGGCACAGCCCAUGAGGAGGGGGCUUCCUGUGUUCCUCAUCCACCACCCUGAGGGGAAAGCCCUGGCCCAAAUUCUGUCAGAGGAGCCCCUCAAGGAUGCCUGGUCGGGGCCCCACUGACAACCCAAAAUCCCAGUAUGCCACAGGAUGGACACUGAGACAGGGACAGGCACCAUGACGGGCAGCCAGCAGUGGGUCUCAGGGUGGGCUGGGGCAAAUCCAGCCACCACUGAGCCACUCACCCAGUGCAAAAUUGCAAGAGAGGCAUCAGAACUGAUGGCAAUGGCUGGUUUUUGAAAAGAAGCUCUCACAGGACUCUGUCAAGUUGAGCAUCAUCCUGUGUGGUUUGCUGGUGGUGAUAAUCAGACUCAAAAUAGACUCCCAGCCCCUGUGCAUCACCAGCAGCCCGCCACACUUUCCAGCAGCCCUCGGGUAUCUCAGUGGCCAAACAGGCUGGGAGAAGGAAUUUCCCUUCACCACUUGCCCUUUACCAGGUGGUUCUUUCCGUGGGGAGAGUCCAGAGCUGUCAUGGAACGCCUGGCAGGGGUUAUAUAUCGUGCCAGGGUGCAGGCAGGAGGGGCAGGUAGCUCUCUGUGGCCUGAGACAGGGAGAGCUGCCUUCUGCUGGUGCUGACUGAGCCCUGUAUUGGACAUGAAGAUCUGCUCCUUGGCCCUGCUCACCCUGCUGCUGGCAGCCCCCUGGACUGGAAGCCAGGGCAUGUCCCUCCGCACAUCCCACGCCAUGUGCUGCCACAAGGGCAUGUUCAUCUGGCAGAAAAUCCCUGCAUCCAAAAUCAAGAGCUACCAGAACACACCUUCCCUCUGCUCCCGCAAGGCUGUGAUUCUGAAGCUGGAGAAGGGGACAGUCUGUGUGGAUCCAAAGGUGAGCUGGUUCCAGAAGUACCUGAAGGAAAAGAAGCUAAUCAACACCUCCAUGUGAAGCUGCCUUCCCCACAAGCUCUAUUUAUUUGUUUCCCAUAAUUAUCUGUAUGUUCUUGUGUCAUUAAUUUAUGGAGCUGGCUCCGUCCCCUCCCCUGUCAUCGGCCCCUCCACUGUCCAGUACAUCCCUCAGUGGAAUCA